CACCAACAACACCCUCAUGAGAUGACCACGGCCGCCUCCCUUUCCCCCUCCCCGCUCACCACGGCGGCACCAUCACCGGCACCGCUUGAUCCGCGCGACAUCACCGAACCAGACCAAAUCGCGGCGCAGCUCGCCCUGCUGACGCGCCGCGAGGCCGACCUCACACUCGCCCUAAACGCGCUAAUCGCGGACCGCACUCAGGUGGACGGCGCGCUCGCCCACCUCCGUGACCUUACGGGAGAGGUUGAUGCUCUUUCCUCCGAGGUGGACGGGUACCGAGCGCCGACGCGGUUCGACACUCCGACGCGCAAGGGACGUAUGUCGGCGCUCUCUCCCCCUCAGACUUCCACUCCUCGCCUCUCGUCUCCUCGAAUCGGGAGUCCUCGCGACUCACCCGCCCCGCGUAUUGGGCAAGGUACAUUUUCCUCUCGUGGACUUGGGCUGCAAGAUGGGGAGGGGGAUGAGGGGGAUGGGCUUUUGGCCCGCGUAUCGCGUGUGUGGGAGACGAGCGAGCGCGUCGGCGGCAAGGUCCGCAAGCUCGACGACGAGAUAGGACGUGUACGCGAGGCCGCAGAUGUGGUGACAGAGGUGCUCGAGCUCAAGAAUGCGCUCGCGACACUCGAGGGCGCAAUCGAAAAGGCCGACUGGGAGGGCGCAGCACGCGCAUGCCGUCGAGCCAUGAGUGUGCGCGACGAGGUCACGCACGGCGGCUUCGCGGGCUCAGUCGUCCCCACGCCGCAGAACCCUCUGCCUCCUCCGCAGCAGCUUGCUGAGCUGCGCGGCAUACUUCUGCAGACAUUUCGACGAGAGUUUGAUGCUGCCGCUGAGCGGCGCGAUGAGCAUGAGGUGUCGCGGUACUUCCGCCUGUGGCCUGGCAUCGGCGCCGAAAACGAGGGCCUCGAGGCGUAUGGCAACUUUGUUGUGUCGCUGGUCAAGGGCCGUUCUUCGGCAGCUGGCAAACCUUCGUCGCCGUUAUACUACAUCUCGCAACUCACCUCCCUCCUCGAGUCUAUUGCGCACAUUAUCGACCAGCACCAGCCGGUUGUCGACAAGUACUACGGGGCAGGGCGUAUGCGUACUGUCGUCGGGCGGCUCGUGGGUGAAAGCGACCGAGUAGUGCGCAAUCUCGUGGAAGGAUGGGAGGAGGAGCGCCGGGUCGGCCGACUGAUCAGCGACACCAAGGCGUCGCGUUUCGCAUUUCUCUCCAACCCCUCUGCAUUGCCACCCCUGUUCGCAAGUCUUGCGCACGGCACUGUUCCAGGCGCAGCAGGGCAGAUUAGUCUGUCUUCGCUGGCCAACACAACAUCCAACGUGGCAAGCGCAUUGCAGUCGUACGCGCCGCGUGUGGCCAAGACAUCCACCGGGCCAGCGCCAACUCCCGUCCCCGAAGAGGAGCCUGGGCCAGAUCCGCGCGACGUCGAUCGCGUUCUCGGUGAACUCGUUGCGUUGAGUGGGCGAUGGGCUCUCUUCCGCCGCUUCGUGCACUCUCGUCUCUCCGAGUCCGAUGAAGAGGAGAAGGACGACGACACGGACCUCGAAGUCGUCGAGCAGAGUGGCUCGCAGCGCGCUAUCGAGAACAUGCUGCGCACAUACUACGAGCCCCUCGAGUUGUGGUACCUGCGCUCCAGCAUUGAGAAGGCGCAUCGCCUAGACCUGCCCGACACAUCGACCAAGCCACACCUGAGCUCGAUACUGGACGACACAUUCUACCUCAUCAAGGUUGUAUUGAACCGCGUCCUCUCCUCCGGCAGUUUGACCGCUCUGCGCUCACUGCGUGAGCGCAUCAGCACCGUGUUGGAGAAGGACUACGCCGCCGUGCUCUCCAAGAAGAUGGAGCGGGUGUACGCCCAGCCGGUGACGUACGACCGUGCUGAGAAGGCUCUCCGCGAGAAGGACCAGAAGGAGACCUACAUCAUCUUCCUCAACGACCUAGACGUGAGCGCCGACUACGCCGAGCGGCUGCUGCUUGAGACGCGUGAGAACAUGCCCUCGGCAUGGCUGCCGCGCGAGCAUCGCGCCGUGCUCGACGAGCUCGACGUGUUGUCCGACCUCGCCGCGCACUUCCGCAGUGCGGCACGGAGCGGUCUUGAGCAGUUCUUCGGACAGGCGGUCCGUCCGCGUCUCCGCCCCCUCCUCGACGAGUGUUACCGUGAUGUGACGUACGCGUUGAGCGAGGACGCCUUCGCCGACGCCGAGGACCAGGAUCUCGUCCGCCGCCGCUUUGUGCGCGGGUGGGAGAGCUUGAUGGACGGGUACAGGUCGUCGUUCACCGACCACAACUACCAGAUCUUCUACACGAUGACGGUCGAAACGCUCGUGCGGCCGUGGGAGAAGAUGGUCAUGGGCAUGGGCUUCACCGAGCUCGGCGCAAUCCGCUACGAGCGUGAUGUGCGUGCUGUUUCCAAUUAUCUUUCCACGCAGGCGAGUUAUGGCGGCGCUCGUGACAAGUUCACGCGUCUGCAACAGAUCGCGACCGUGCUCAACCUUGACGCCGAGGAGGACCCAGACGAGUUCUACUCCAACUCAGGCAUCCCAUGGCGUCUCAGUCGCAACGAGUACAACACUGUCGCUGGGCUUCGGCAGUUCCAGAUGUAGCCCACAUGCACUUCAUGCCACACCACAUCAUGCCAUGCCAUGCCAUGCAAUACAGUACAAAGUCUAUCAACGCCUGGGGCUCUAGUUUAGUUGGGUCUUCUUACUCUGGCGACCAGACCGAUCUCCGUCGGCGCCGUGUCGCUCCGCUCGCUCGUCGUGUCCGUCACAUCAGGGUUUGUGGAGUCUUCGGUCGUCUCCGUCGCGCCCGACACGGUUUCGGCGGGGUCUACCUCGCUGUGCGCGCGAGUUGUAUCCUCGCUUCUCCCAAUGCCCAUCGCCUCAACCUCCAACCACCCCAGCACGCGCUGAUGCGGUUUGACCUCUUGGCGACCGCGCUCCACGGCAUCCUCGCCCGCUUUGCGCAUCGCGCUGACGAGGUCGCGUAGCCGGUCCCAUCGCUUCUCCACCUCUGGGUCCUCCAUCUCGUCGUCGCCCCAUGAGCCUGAAGAGUCGGGAUCUUCCUCCGCCGAUAGUGGGGCAGGUUC